UUAGGGGAAACCACUUCGGUGGAAUCUUCUCUGGUCCUCUACAGAUUUGGUCACCUUUUCCUCUAUUGAACUCUUGGGAUUACAGAUGUGGAGUGGCUCCUUGGAUAUUUAUUUAUAAUGUUUUUAUUUAUUUGUGAGCUUAUAGACUUCCCCCAUGGAUGGAAUAUGUUGCUACCUCGAUACACAGUGACUACCCUGAUCCAGCUGAGGGACAAGGUGUGGACGGGAGGAUUCAACCUGUUCCAAAGACAUAAUCAAGAACAAGGGAAGGUUAUAAUAUGUCAUAUUUCUAGGUUCGGAAGAUGUCGAAAUUAGUCAAACUUUUUUUUGGAGGAAUGGUACCCAUAAGCUGGUAAGUCCCAGUAAUACAAUUUAUUCAUUUUUAUACCCGUAUAGUUAUUUAUACUGGAGUAGCAGGCUAUAGGUUGAGUAUGGAUUAUGAGAGGCACAACUUUUCUCAACGGUUUCUGGCUAAUUUGACCCUGAGGAACAAAACUAGGGUGCUGUCAUUUACUGUCACCCGAGCGAACAUCGACAUUUUGCCAAGCCCUUUUAGCGUGCGUGCUCAUCCGUAUCUCAGCUUCUGAAGGUUGUAGACACUUGAAUUUGGUCUCAAAAUGACCAGAAUAUGCAUGUUUAUAUAUACACUAUAAGCUCUAAAACCUUUACUUUUUGAGAUAUUCAAGAUUUUUUGGGGGGGAUGUGUGGGGCGCAAAAAGCUUCAAAUCUUGAAUUUCUUGAAUAUCUCGAAAAGUAAAGGUUUGAAAGCUUAUACUUCAUAGUGAAUAAUGACGAACAAGCGAAUGUUAAAAUAUGUAGAUUAGUCCAUUUUAUUUUUUGAGAAAAUGGUAACCAGUAAGCUGGUAAGUCCCAUUAAUAAAAUGUAUUCAUUUUUAUACCCGUAUAGUUAUUUAAGUGUCUCUAUGUGCUUCGUUGAAUUGACGUUCAAAAGCCGUAUACGUCACUACGUCACUACGUGACUACGUGACUACGUGACUACGUUAUCGUCGCCAUUACUAGGUCUUGUAACACAGUUCAACACGAUGGGCUAUUUACGGUUUCUUUGGGUGAGUUCAAAGUAAAAAUUAAGCUUUUUAGUUCAGCUUCAGUUAUCAGUUAAUCAAUCAGUUAUCUUCAGUUCAUGUUAUGAUGGAAUCUUUUUGUACAGAAGAAUGCGUCGGUCAUGUUAAAGUUGCUAGCUAGCAUAAAUGUAGCCUGUAGGCUAAGCACAUACAAGCAUGGCUGACCUUAAAUACUAACUUAAAUACUAAGUUGAAGUUUAUUCAUCAUUCAAAGAUAAGCUCCAAUGACCAGAAUGAACCAGCACAUGUAAGAGAUGUUUUCAUUUGAACGUGCUUUCAAAGGCUGUAGUGUAUACUCGAGGAAAUGCUGUGAAUUACUGAACAGCCAUGCAUUUGUGUAGUGACACAUCAUUUCAUAUUUUGCAGGGAACCAUCAGGAAUGUGCAACAUCCUCCACUGUCAAGUCAGUAUGGCAAUGAUGGAGAGCCUGCAUUGUCUGUCAACGAUGGCAGAACCUUCUACCAUAGACGGGCUCUUAUGGCACCAGGCCCCUUCAACUCCAGAUUGGGCGUGGCCUUCGACUUGAGAAGGGGUGGUGCAGGAACACUCGGCGUGAGAUUUGGGGCUCUUAUGGCACUAGGCCCCUUCAACUCCAGAUUGGGCGUGGCCUUCGACUUGAGAAGGGGUGGUGCAGGAACACUCGGCGUGAGAUUUGAGGUUCUUAUGGCACUAGGCCCCUUCAACUCCAGAUUGGGCGUGGCCUUCGACUUGAGAAGGGGUGGUGCAGGAACACUCGGCGUGAGAUUUGGGGCUCUUAUGGCACUAGGCCCCUUCAACUCCAGAUUGGGCGUGGCCUUCGACUUGAGAAGGGGUGGUGCAGGAACACUCGGCGUGAGAUUUGGGGCUCUUAUGGCACUAGGCCCCUUCAACUCCAGAUUGGGCGUGGCCUUCGACUUGAGAAGGGGUGGUGCAGGAACACUCGGCGUGAGAUUUGGGGCUCUUAUGGCACCAGGCCCCUUCAACUCCAGAUUGGGCGUGGCCUUCGACUUGAGAAGGGGUGGUGCAGGAACACUCGGCGUGAGAUUUGGGGGUACGAUAAUCUUCUACUUGAGGACGAGCCGUAUAGGAACCUUUUCCUUGAUCCAUGUCUUCUAAUCUGGAGAUGGGGCGCAAAAGGAGCUUCUGUUGAAGGCUAAUAAAGUUUUUAUCUUAA